CCAUGCUUCAACCAUGCUUCAGCGCAAUAAACGAGCCAGAUACAUGCAGCUUAAUCAACGAAUCGUUGUGAGCAUUUUUCACGUCAACUAAGACUAAUGAUCCACUGCUUGAUGACGCUAGUUACAGUACAGUGCUGCACGAGGUCGCCAGCAGGACGCUGUGGUUGUCUAAUCGAUGUGGUAUAGGCGGUUGCAGAUUAUGAGAGCUCUGAGAUCGAACUUUAAGUACAGCCUCCAGUCUCCUCCACAUCUCAAUGCAAUCUGGCCUGCACAACACUCAUUGGCAUCUCUUCCAACUAUAACGGCUCUCAGUCUGUAUACUUUGAGGCAAAAUGCCACAUCAGUCUAGUGCUGAGGCACUGACUGGUGGAGUCGAGUUUAAGAAGAUAGAGGCAAACAUCAAACAUGACCAGAACAGCAAAUCAUCACGUCUCAUGAGUCUGGUCUCUUCCGCUCAGGACAAACUGAACAAGGCGAAUGACGCCAUAUCUAAAGUUGAGGAUGUGGCAGCCCCAUGGGAUACCAGCAGGGUGGCUGUAGCAGAUCUGCUCGCUCCCGUGAAAGACAUUGUAGACAUACUCGACUGUAUAGCUGAGGUCCACCCGGCCGUCAAGGUGGUUGCAGGCGUUGUCAAGAUUGUAAUCGACCUUGAGCUCACACGACGAAGCAAUGACAAGCAGAUCGCUAUUGUUUACUUCACAAUGAGCUCCUUACUUCUCCUGCUCUCCGACUUGGAUCCCGUCGUAGACGGAGACAAGCAUCUCGAAACUUGUUUGAAUGCAAUAUGCCAGACAAUCAAUAGCUUUGGAAAUUUCUGCAGAGUCUAUUAUCGCCAAGCGGGAUUCGUGAAAACCCUCAGAUCGAAACACUACAAGGACAAGCUGGCUGCAUACGCCGGCGAUUUCUCUGACCACAAGAAGGAGCUUCAUUUGUUGCUGUCCGCGCAAUCUAGUCUAACCAUACGGGACGUGAAGACCGAAGUGACUAAGAUUGUAGCGCUUCUGGAAGCAAAGUCCAGCGAGGAACAGACUGCAGAUCGCUACGUUCACAACAUGGGGGGCUUAGAGGCUGUAGUGCAGGAUGAUAGAAAGCUCGAACAACUCGCUCGAGUUCUCGGGGAGAGAUUUGAUUCAUCGAUGAAGCGAAAUCUGAGGAUGGAUCUGGACGAGAUUCUGCGCAACAACCUGGACGCGUAUUCUAGCAAGAUCGAUAUCAUGGUCCAGCGAGUCGAAGCUUCCAUCCGAGCCUCGACUUCGAUGGUUCUCUACAAAGUCGAUAUAUCGACGACGACUGUAUUAGACCAAGUAGAUCACUCAACGCUGGUCAUAUUGAACAAGCUCGAGGAUGGUCCACAUAAUCUGAUAGAGGACGACGAUCUACGGGCAAUAUGGCGAACUAUGCAUGGACGCGCUAGCGUUGACAGACAUAUGUUCCUGGAUGCUUUAUACCAACACUUCCAGAAGAAGUUCGCUACGCACUUGCUCAAUACUGGCCAGAAGCACCCAGAUGCCUGGACUCUACACUUCCUAUCUCGACCAUACUUCCGUCCUGCAAUUGGAGACGGCAUAGACGAGGACUGCAGUGGUUUCAUCUCCCACACAGAGGCCAACGAGUUUUUGCGGGCCAAACCUGAAGAACUUGGGUGUAGCAACGCCGCUUGGAUUGCAUUUUGGGCAGUUGGGCCUUACAAGUCUGAUGUCGAGUACCUUCGCAAGAUACGCGUCCUGCGGGCUCGUCUGAAACGCGCUCCCAGGAAGGUUUUACCUCAAAACCUGAAACGUGUCAAGCACUUCACGAGCAUGCUGCCACGGAUCAAGUUGAUCGAGGUGCUCGACAACAUCCUUCGGCCGCUCGGCGAGCUCGAGGAAAACCAUGUAGAAUAUGAGGAGUUGGAUAAACUCGGACGGAUAUGGACAGAGCUGCAAGCGAGUCGCAUUCGAACCAACCUCGACAAACUGAAGUACCAGAUCAAGGGCGUUGAUUACGUAUCUGUCGUGUUGGAUAAGCAGCGCCUGGAGAAUUGCAUCUUAUGCAUGAUCCAUCUUCUUCUCGUGCGUCACAUGAAGGUGCUGAAAGUGGCACGGCUACGACCUGUGGCUGUCCGUGAGUUCGAGGAUAUGCUUGACACUUGGAAUUUCGUCUUCGAAGCCUUUGGCCAGCGUCUGGACGUACUUGCGCAGAUUUGGCGCCAGCAGCGGCUCGAGCUAGACACGCAGGUGGAGUACUACAACCGGGGGCUAUUCAAAGGCUGGUAUGAACGGGAGAAGUCCUUGUUGCAAAUGGACUACGUAACCCGGUUUAAUGCAAAUGACGACGAUCAGUAUUAUGCAUCCUCUUCCGAUGACGAGCCGGACAUAGAGGAGUACGGAGCUAUGGCAUAUGAUGACGAGCCCGCAAAUGCUAGCAUGCGAGCUGGGGAUGAAGCAACCGAUGGCGGCGUGCUGUUGUACACAGUGCCUCCAGUGCCCGAGGACGAGUCCAGCCUUAUCAGUGAAGACGAGCCAGACUGGGAACCAGAGGCUGUUAGGAAGCAUAAGGCCGAGCAGGAGCUACGGCAACAGAUCACCGAUAUGUCGAAAAGACUAAUUGUCAUGGAAGAAAUGCUCAUCAAGCUCCUAAAUGCCCAACAACAAGUUGCACAGCCCGUCUCUCCACAGCAACAGGGUCCUCGUAGAAUGAUCCCCAAACAGCGUCAAACCAUAAGCUCAGUCAGAAAGGCGCUCGAGGCAGCCAGAGCAGAAUUCAUAUCAGACAAAGAGCGUGCUGCUGCCGCAGGAGGGACCCUAGAUACAAUUACUGUUUACUCACUGAGCCAUAAACGUCUAGGAACCUCUCUAAGCUCUGAUGGUAAUCAUCCUAUCUCUGAUGGCAUACAGGUUCUCUUGGAGGCUCUCACAGAUGUCGCCAAGUUGUACCCUGAGCUCGGGGAUCUUGUACUUACAGCCAAGACUGCCUACUCUCUGGAGAGUCAUCGCCGAGUUAACGCCCAGCCUCUCGUAGGCACCUGGCUUUGCGUGGUGGGUCACUUUGCCCUUUCUGACGCCUAUAACAGCCCAUACGUUUCAGUGUGAUGCUCUCUUCCAACUCUUAGUCGUCAGUUCCGCUACUAUCGACUCCAUCACUGGCGCCUCGGUCCCAGACACAUCAUUUUACGAGAGCCUUUAUGAACAUGUGGGCCCUCUAUAUAGGACAAUCCAGGAGUUUGGUAGGUCCU